GCGACUCUUAGCGAAACGAUGAUCAGCGUGAGGACAACGACAACGUUCAGCCUGCGUUUGUCGAAGACAGGAAGCGUAACUGGACCGACGAGACGACGCUCGCUCUAGUGCAAGCAUGGCGCAACAUUGCUAAGGAGGGGCGCCAGAAGGGCGAGAAGUCGUGUAUGUACAACGAGCGCAUCUACAACGCGUACAACGCGUACAAGACUGCUGUACCUACAACACAAAGAUCGAAGAAAGCAAUUGAGGACAAGCUGGCGAGUUUGCUUGAGAUGUACCGCUUUAAAACCGACUUUAACGUCAAUCGGAUCCGUGGAAGCACCGGUAAACCCAAUUGGUUCGAGCUUCCAAAUAACAACUCAGGCACAGUGGUCAGCUCGUUCCAGUUGGAAAGUUGUCGCCUGCCUGCCCGGAAUGAACAAUGUUUGUACGAGUGGUGUAUAUAUCUCCUGCACGGCGUUGGGCGAACAGUAAAGGCGAAGGGCAUGUCCUGUCGGUUGAGUUCGUCGGUGAUGACGGGGAACGCAUUCACGCUUGCGCAUUUAACGAAAAUGCCGAGCACUUUGCUGCGGCGCUGUCGUUUAAUGGCGUGUUCCGUGUGAGUCGUGCAAGCCUUCGCACCUCCAAACGUGAGUUCUCGGUUGUCCCACACAAGUUCGAGAUCAUUUUGACGGCACAGACCGAGAUUACGCCUGCGGAAGGCGAAGGUGAAAUUGAGGAACCCCCACUCGUUCUCACACAGAUUCGUGAUUUAGCCGCUGAGCAUAUUGGGGCCUUGGUCAAUGUUUACGGAGUGCAGACAGAAGUCAGCGAGGUCCAGUACAUUCAAAACCACAAGGGAAUCGUUCAGCAUAAGCGAGACGUAGUUUUGGCGGACCCAUCCAAUGCAAGUGUCCAGUUGAGCAUUUGGGAUGAGUUUGCGGGGGAUCAGUUUGAUCUCAUAUUAUUUGAACCAGUCAUUGCCUAUCAGUGCCGGCUAUCUAAAUAUCGUGGACGGACGCUUUCCACGGGACGCUCAAGUAUGAUUGCAAUCGACCCACCCAUUGCCCCAGCUGAAGAACUGCGUAGCUGGUUCUGCCAGACUCAUGGAAACGCAUGUGUGCCCCUACCGCUCAUCGAUUGCCACUUCACCCCACUCUCUCAAGUGCAACAGUUGCAGAAUGGUGCGUCCAUCGCGGUUGUAGGAGUGAUUGUUCAGGGGGGUAUCGAAGUUGGAGUAUCCCGCGAAACCCAGACGCUGGUUAAGCGUGAAGUGACGCUCCAAGAUGCCCAUGGCCAAAUAAAGUGUACACUGUGGCAAGAGAAAGCAAAGUCGAUUGGGGAAAAUGCGCUGCGUCAUGAGCUCGCGAUUAAACAUGCCAAGGUCGUUACAUACGAUGGUACCAGUGUUGGUACUCGGAUUGAUUCAUCAGUGGUUCUGGAUCCCACUAUUUCCGCCCGUUACGAGUUGCAAAACCUGCCUGCCUUACAGACCACUGAUGCCGUCGAAGACGAUGAGGUAGAAGCCAAGGAUCUGGAUAUCUACGUGGCUGCCGGUUCCAAGCGAGCGAUGGACACAGACAUCGUUGGACUUGAAAAGAAGCGAUCUCGUGCGGAUUAAGCUGCCCACAGCCUCUAGUCUGUGGUUGUAUGGCUAGUGAGCAAAACGAUCUUUGAGCCAAGGCUGGUGAUGUAUUUAGGACACCUUACGCGAGGAAAACUGGCAAGUGGCGGCUUUUUAAUCUAGUUGGAGCAGGAAAACCUAUAAAGGUGCUUGAUUUUCAUGUGUAAUUGCAGUACGAAAGAGGGUCGUAAUCUAGCAGCGACGGGAAGACAGACGUAAAGAGGAAUACAAACCCGAC